AUGAGCUUUCUGAAAAAAUUAGGACAGCCCAAAGAGGAUUAUUCCAAUAUGGUCAUUUCGGAACCGUCGGGGUUUAAACAAAUGCAUCAUGUGGGUGUUGGAAGUGAUGGCCAAGUCAACUUAGACUCAAUUCCUCCAGAGUGGAAAGACACACUUAGACGCGCAGGUGUAAAACGACGAGAAUUAGAAAAUGCAGACCAAUCGACUCGAGACCAAAUAUUUUCUAUGCUUUCUGAAAACGACAAAAAUGCUUCAGCGCCGCCACCACCUCCACCAAGCAGAGGAGGAUGUCCACCACCACCUCCUGGUAGAAGACCCGGACCUCCAACAUCAUCAUCGGGUAUGCAAGUUCCUUCUAAAAGACCCCCACCGCCACCUAAAAAGAAAUUACCACCGCCUCCACCAAACAAAAACGCACCAGGAACACCUGCACACCAAAACGUGCCUCCACCAGUCCCAAGAAAACAAGGCCCCCCUAUACCAGCUCCAAGAACAAAUGGCCCACCAGCUCCACCCCCACCGAGACAUGGAGGGGCUGCUGUCUUACCUCCUCCUGGGUUGGUGCCACCUCCUCCAGGAAUUCUUCCUCCAUCAGAAGCAAAUGCACCUGCUUUGCCACCACCACGUGGACCAUCGUUGGCAGAUCAACUUAAACAAGGGAAGUCGUCGUUAACUGCCGCAAAAGUAACAGAGGAAAAAACACCACCGCCACACGAAGAAAAUAUAGUCGAUGCACUUAGAAGUGUAAUGGCAAAAAGAAGAGAAGAUAUUAACGUCGAUGAAGAGGAAGAAUCAUCUGACGAGGAUGGGUGGAGCAAUUAG